AGUGCUCUACACCUCUUAGAUCUUCCUCAGCGGGCCUUUCUUCUCUUCUCUUCUCAGGUGGCAGCCCCAGUCACACGUACUGCGGAGAGAGGAGAGAAAGCCGAAAAGGGGAGGGUUCAUUGACUAGUAGUGUCACGCCUCGACUGAGCCGGCGUCGGUGACAUCGCACGAAGCAGCAGGAAGUCACUGCCGCGCAGCAGUCAACCAUACAAGUAUCUCCGAUCUAUCUUCUUCGUCCUUUUUUCUGCCUUGUGUUUUUGUUCUGUUCUCUUUGUUGUUUGACGGUGUUUUCUGUGACAGCUCGUGCGUCAACGCGGUUCCGCUGGCAUCCGCCUCCGUAAGUGCAUUAAAAGACAAGAGAGAGAAAAGUGUCGUCGCGGUGCGUAAAGAGAGAGGCGAUUCUCUCGCCACCAGUCUACUCGUCCGUAGCUACUUCGACGAUACGCACACACACAUAUACAUAUACAUAUAUAUUAAUCUGCUCGAGCGUUUAGUCGUGCUUUGCGUUCUGUGUUGUUGCUGUUUUAGUGGUUCGCCUUCGAUCGCCGGUUUUCCUUUUGGUUCUGCAAGCGCACUCGAGUGUGUUGUUGUGGUGGUUGUUGUACAUUUACUGUCAGCAUCGCUCCCCUCUUCUACAUACAUAUAUAUAUAUAUAUGUGUGUGUGUGUGUUUGGCCUCUCGCUCGUCGUUAAACCGCCUUUUGCGUAUUUCUUUUCCUUGUAGGGUUUUUUUUUUUUUGAGGGGGGUGUUGUUUGCCCCGCAUUUCCUUCGAUGUCUGCCGCACAACAGCCUCUAUUUUCUGUUGGUUUGGUUUCUCGACGACGACCUCGAUCGCGGCUCCUGCUUUGAAAGUAAAGGAAAAGGAAGGGAAAGGGAGUUUUCCCGGUCUCGCCAGGUACCUUAUUAUAAUAGACAAGGGUGCUUUUUGUUUUGGCGGUGGUUGCGGUGGUCCUUGCUGUUGGCGACGCGCGUUGACGGUGCUGCGGUAAAGCGUCUUUCCUCACCUGAGUGAAGUAUUUUUUUUUUGUCGGCGUCUGCGUGUGUGUUCGAGCAGCGUCGCCAUUCCCCCCUUUACAACCCAAUUCGAAAACUGAAGCGGCUGAACUUCGAUGCUGUGUCGUGGAAACGGCACCUCAAAAAGAAAGCCCCUCGAGUUGUUCUAGCUGCAACUGCGUUACAUCUUUCUUCCUUUUUUUAUUAUCCGUACUUGCUCUUCGUUAUAUAUAUAUAUAUGAGUAGCUGUCAGUCGUUGCUUGGUUUCGCCGGACAAAAGAUGAAUGCGCUAGCGAAGGAGUUUGAGACGACGAGUCAGCUGCCCCCUUCCACGCCGCAGCAGCGCAUGACGCCGCCUACCGUUCUCCUGCCCGCUACCUUCGCGAUUCUCCCCCCACAGUCUGCCGCGCUGUCCGCUGCCAUCGCCACCGUCGCCCCUCCGCGGACGAUGCCGCUGCUGGGCUGCAGCGUCACCUCGGCAGCGUGUAGGACCCACAUCGGUGCGAACCCGUCGAUGGCCCUCGGUGCUGCCUCGAUGUACGCCGGGGUGGACAUUGGCGGGUACAGCGGCAGCAACAGUAACAUCUCCAGCCCGGCAGUCAACGUAGUCAACGCGCUCAACGAGGCGAUAAUGCCGGUGAGUGAGAUGGUGAGUAGCGGCUUUUCGGUGGCGGCGGCUGCGUGUACAGCAGUUGCACGUCCUGUGCUGGGCAACGAGGCGUCACCACGCAUGGAGAGCAAGACCGAUGGGCUCUCUAUUCUGCUGCCGCCGUCCUACGCUUCGACGCGGAUCGCUCACCAGGACACCUCUCCGGCCGCGGCCGCCGCCGCCUCCACAGGUGGUGUCCCAUCCGCAUCGUUGCACCAGCGCGACGUGCAUCGCCAUCCUCAGCGCCGCCCCGUCCUCGGCAGCCCGGCGGACGCAGGCGGCGGCGGAAUCUCAACCACUGAGGAGGACGACCUCAUCCCCCUCACAUCUGCCUCCUCCACCUACGCGACCCGCCGCUCCGUCAGCGCCUUUGACGACUCCGAUCUGGCAACGUUUGGCCGUACGGGUGGGAGCCGGAGUCGCGUGCACCGCUGCAGUAGUCGGAGCAGCAGCAGUGCGUUGCCGCAGCAGCAGCCGGAGUUUCCGCAGCGCCCGAACAGCGUAGCCGCCAUCGCCCUUCGCGCACUGUCGCCGGCUGCCUACGCGCAUGGGACACAAAGCGACGUGCUGUGGCAACGACACGGUAGUACCCAUGCAGCAGCAGCAGCAACUGCAGAAUUUCGCGUCACGAGCACACCCCUGCCCGCGCCGAGUGGGAGCAGCACCCCGCCAACUAUCAGCAGCCAGGCCUCCACAUGCCAGUCUUAUCCCUUCUACCCAAACUGGGGCGCCGAUAGCGUCUGCGCCUUUUGCCCUAUCACGAGCUUCGUGGAGAUGACCUCGCACGAAGAGAACAGCGACGGCAGGGCGUCUACGUGCUCGUCAACACAGCAGCAGCGACAACCACGCAGCCGGCAGCAACAGCGCCGGACAGGGCCGUACACCCCCUCUGGCGGCACAUCGCCAUCCAGCAUAGAAAGACACGCCGCCGGUCCAUCGACAGCAGCGCUGCCAUCGUCGUCGUCAUCGCGGCGUCACCGCACCCGCAUGCACGUGUGUCUUCACGAAGGACCGGUGAUGAUGGCGACGCCCGUCUCACCUAGCAUGGGUCGCCGAACCCCGUUGUCGCCGCUGUACAUCGCACCGGCCUUGUGCUUCCACACCGACCCCGCGCGUCCCUCCGCGUCCAACAGCAGCGCCGCCACGCAGGCGGGGAACUCACCGCGUCCGCCGUCGGUGCUCGACGCGCGUCGCUCGGACAGCGGCAGCGGGAGAGGGGUCGGAGGGGAGCGGUGGUCCUUCAUCAACGCCGCCCGCGCCACUUCGAGGCCGCCCACGCCGCCGUCCAUGGUUCUUGCUGCUGAGGCUGCUGCAGCGAGCGACGACAUCUCGGUAUACCGCCGCACGACGGGCACACCUGUCCAUGCGGCGGCGGCCACGAGCACGUACGACGUGCACGGGGAGAGCUCAGGUGCGAUGGACCCGCUCUCCGACUUUCCUACACGCCCACCGUCGCAGUCGCACUCCCCCCGGCAUCCGCGGCCGCACACGCUGCUGACGGACGGCAGCACGCAGCACCUGCCCUGCCAACCCACGCUCGGCCUCGCCGCCACCGCGGACACGGUGACUGCGGUAGCAACCGGUGGCUUCCCUGGCAACCUCACCUUCCUCCCCAUUGAAGUUCAGCCCGCCUCCACGAUGCCGCCCUUCUUUGGCUCGGUGGGCAACGUGGCGGCGGCAGGUGCAUCGCCCGUCGGCGCCAUUACCCACCCACGGGCCACGGUGGGCGAUCGAUGCGGCUUCCAGGCAGACUCCGCCACCGGUCGGGUGCCCUCCAUGUCACGCGUGGAGCACCCCGUCGCGAUCUUAGAAGAGGCCUCGUCGUCGCACGGUUGUUGCUGUCCACCAUUACUACAUUCGGCCACCACGCCGGCACACGCUGCCCACGCCGCGUGGCCCCCAUACGCAGCGCCGGGUCUGGUGACCGCCAUUCUCGCCGCACCGGAAGUCAGCUGGUCCUCAUUCAACGCCACGGUCGCUGCAGACAACGCCACCACCGUCCGAACCACCCCUCACACGACGACAGGGGUCGCCGCAACCCCCAGCGGCGGAGAGUACCGCAGCUCACGGGGUAUAGCGUCGUCUGCGCCGUGGCUGCAGCAAGUUGGCGGCGGCAGCAACAGCAGCAGCAUGCAUGACCCAGGGGCCCCCUACCCCAACACCACCGGGUGCGGGGGACACCCCGCAGGCGGCGUGGGCGGGGACGACAGAUCACUGAAUCGAAGCACAAUCGGGCAUGCGGUGAGCGCCAACGUCCGCUCCUACUCUGCGGCUCUUCCGUCGUUUAACUCGUCGAUUCAGUUUCAGCUCGCCUGCUCCCCAGUUCCACUGGAAGACACAGAAAGCGAGUGCGUGAUCUGCUUGGAAGGCCAUCCGAGCCAUGCAGACAACACGCAAGGACGGUGCGCCUCGGUGAUGCCGACGAUGACGGACGGCGCCGUGGCAAGUGCGACGCCGGCAGUGACCGCUGACUUCGGCGGUGGUGUCAAACCGGGCUCGCAGCUGUUGAUGAUGCCCUGCAAGCACUGUUGCCAUCAAAACUGUCUGCAGCGGUGGUUGAUUCAAUCCACCUGCUGUCCGAUCUGCCGGCGCGACCUCACGCAGGACGCGACGCUGUCGUCGUGA